AUGGCCUCCGAGAAGCCUCUUUCGGCUGCAGCAGCAAAGAGACAGCCUCUGGUGGGCCCAGGGGGAGACCCGCAGCUUCCCUCCAGCCAUCUCUGUCCAGGGGCACCAAGGACAGAUGGUCCUGGAAAUAGCUCUUGGUCCAGCUCUCCAGCUUUCCACCGCUCCCCACGUGGUCAUCUCCACCUGUCAGCCCAGCCAACCUUCCCUGGCGGAGCUCAGGACCCAGAAGUGUCUCUGAAGCCUGUCCGACGCUUCUGUCCUCCAUCCUGGAAGAACGUUUUCAGGAGAUGGUGGAGGUGGCCUGGGGAAGAACCUUCUCCCUUGACCUACUCUCCAGGUUUCCAGAACUCCCCACUGGGGACUCCAGUUUGGGAAGGUCCUCAGAGAACCAAGCUUUAUGGGGAGGAUGUCGCCAGCAGUAGUGACAGGAAGGGCGAGGAAGAUUGUAAGAAACCCCCCUCAGAUGCCACCACCUCUUCCACAUCUGGAAAGACUGUGACAGCCACGAGCCAAGGUGGAGCCUCCACAGCUCCACCAUGCUAUAAGGAGAAGCUGGAGGCCUAUGAUAAUAAAUAUGCCUACAUGAAGUCCUGGCCUGGCCUCCUAAGGCUGCUGGGGGGUCUGGAGCUCAUUCUGGGUGGGAUGGUCUUUGCUUGUACUGCAGCUUAUAUCCAGAAGGACUAUGAGUGGUCCCAACUUUAUGGCGGCAGCUUCCUUCCCUACAACAGCCUCACUGGAGCGGACUAUGGCUACUAUGGCCCGAUGACCCCGUUUGUGCUGGUGGUGGCCAGCCUGGUGUGGCUAGUGACUGUGAUCCUGCUGGGCCUGGGGGUGACCAUGUACUACCGGACCAUCCUCCUUAAUGCCCACUGGUGGCCCUGGACAGAGUUUGCCCUCAACCUGUUCAUGUUCCUGCUCUACCUGGCGGCCGCCAUCGCCUAUGUCAAUGACGUCAACCGGGGUGGCCUGUGUUACUCGGUCUUCGCCUACAGCCCCCUCGCCAUGGCUCUGUGCCGGGUCGAAGGGGGACAAGUGGCCGCCAUUACCUUCCUCUUCCUCACCACGUUGCUGUACCUGAUGGGCUCCCUUGUCUGUCUCAAGAUGUGGAAGCACAAAGCUGUCCGGAGGAUGCUGGUCCCGGUAAGACCCUUCCGGGAAAGGGGUGGGGGGUCACCACAGCCUGUCCUCCUGCCAGAAGCCUCUGAGCACAUGGUCCCUCGGGAAAAAGGGCGUCCGGCUGGCCGAGUCACCAAGCACGUCAUGUUCUCAGAGAAAGGCCCGGAGGUACCAAACCACCAGGCCAUCCCGAUGGGGCACAACCCCAAACCGCUGGUCGUCCCGGAUUAUAUGGUAAGGUACCCGGCCAUUACGAGUCUGGAUCAGCGGGAGAAGUACAAGGCCAUCUUCAACGACCAAUAUUCAGAAUACAGGGAGCUGUUCCAUGAAAUCCAUGCCGCACUGCAGAAAUUUAAAGAGUUGGAUGCCCUGAUGUCCAAGUUGCCAGCCCAUCCACAGAAUAAGGAGGAGCAAAGCCACAUCUCUGCUGUGUGGAGGGAAUACAGAAGCAAGAAGAAGGAUCCAGCAUUCCUGGAGAAGCAAGAGCGCUGCCAGUAUCUCAGGAAGAAGCUUUCCCACCUCAAGACUCAGAUCCAGGCCUUUGACACUGACCCGUGUGAGCGCUCCCUGUUCUUCUGAGAGCCGCCCCGCCCAGGGGUCCUGGGCCCAGCCACAAGGGGGUAUGUGCUGGGGUUUGCCAUGUGGAAAGGAGGUGGCGUCCGUGAUGCACAGACCCAGCUCUCUGGAAAAGUCCAUAAUGCUGGGAAAGGCGGAAGGAAAGCCAGGAGGACGACGACCAGCAGCGAGCGGGAGGGACUCAGUUUUGGGGGCGAUGGGGUCACCGCUGGGAGACCUGAAGGGCCGGGUUAUGGGGGGAUCACCAUGGAGAAAAUCUACCUAUGUGGUCGCUAAGAGUUGACAUUGACUUGAUGGCAUGUAAUCAAUCCGUGUCUGGCCCCCAUGGGCAGCUUUGGGGUGCCCCAUCUGCCCAGCCCUCGGCCUUGGACCUCCCCUUCCCAGAGGCUUCUUUCAGAGUCCACCCGUUCCCCUUUCCAGAGGGAGGGCAGCUCUCGGGGCUUCGUUCCAGGGCACUGCCCUUCAUCCAGCCCAGUCUGCGUGCUGUGGCCACUAACAGGAA